AUGUCGGACCCGGCGGCCUCCGAGCACCCGCCCUUCUCCACACCCGCGAGCCCGGGGACCAGCCACGAGCUUCCCCGCCUCAAGGUACUCCCCUCCGCCUCCGCCCCUCGGAGCCCCGCCCCCGGAGAGCUCCAGGAGGGGGCGGGGCCUCACGGGCGUCGUCAUGGCAACCGCGACAAGAUGGCUUCCCUGUACUCCGGGCUAGAGGGUCCCGACCCAGGAGCGCUGAGCCAAGAACAGCUCACGAAGCUGAGGGAUUUCAAGAUCAACACGCGCAUCGCUGACGAGAAGUACCUGCGCUCGCACAAGGAGGUGGGGCUGCUCCUGAGCGGCUUCUUCAGAGAAAUGUUUUUGAAAAGGCCAGUGGAUAUCCAAGAAUUUGCAGCAGAGUAUUUCACAGAUCCAAGACUUCCCAAGAAGAUACAAAUGCAACUAAUUGAACAAGAAAAGAACAGUUAGCAGAAUUGUGAUGUUCUGCUAUUGGAAGCACAGGAAAUGAAUGAAUGAAAACCUGUUCUGCCCUCUGUACCUCCAAACCUGACUAGUGCCAAUUCUGAGGUCUAGAACCUAAGGAAUGCUAAAUAUAUAUACCACCCUUUCCCUCAUCUUUAUUUGAAUAACAGCUUGCCCACUUCUUCCUCUGGUGCAAAGGUAUAAAAGGGGAAAAUGGGAAA